AUGCACAGCCCGCCGGGGCUCCUGACGCUGUGGCUUGGCGCGGUGCUGUGUGCCUCGGCGCUCUCAGGCAGCGACCCCCAGUCUGGCCCGGGGCGUCCCGCCUGCCCGGCUCCCUGCCAUUGCCAGGAGGACGGUAUCAUGCUGUCAGCUGACUGCUCCGAGCUCGGGCUCUCAGCGGUGCCGGGGGACCUGGACCCCCUGACGGCUUACCUAGACCUCAGUAUGAACAACCUCACGGAGCUUCAGCCGGGCCUCUUCCACCACCUGCGCUUCCUGGAGGAGCUGCGGCUCUCUGGGAACCAUCUCUCACACAUCCCCGGGAAGGCAUUCUCCGGCCUCCACAGCCUGAAAAUUCUGAUGCUGCAGAGCAACCAGCUCCGAGGGAUCCCGGCGGAGGCACUGUGGGAGCUGCCCAGCCUGCAGUCACUGCGCCUAGAUGCCAACCUCAUCUCCCUGGUCCCUGAGAGGAGCUUUGAGGGGCUGUCCUCUCUCCGCCACCUCUGGUUGGAUGACAACGCACUCACUGAGAUCCCUGUCAGAGCCCUCAACAACCUUCCUGCCCUACAGGCCAUGACCCUGGCUCUCAACCACAUCCGCCGCAUCCCCGACUAUGCCUUCCAGAACCUCACCAGUCUUGUGGUGCUGCAUCUCCAUAACAACCGCAUCCAGCAUGUGGGGACCCACAGCUUCGAGGGGCUGCACAAUCUGGAGACACUAGACCUGAACUAUAAUGAGCUACAGGAAUUCCCCGUGGCCAUCCGGACCCUGGGCAGGCUGCAGGAACUGGGUUUCCAUAACAACAACAUCAAGGCUAUCCCAGAGAAGGCCUUCAUGGGCAACCCCCUCCUACAAACAAUACAUUUUUAUGACAACCCAAUCCAGUUUGUGGGAAGGUCGGCAUUCCAGUACCUGUCUAAACUGCACACGCUAUCCUUGAAUGGUGCCACUGACAUCCAGGAGUUCCCAGACCUCAAAGGCACCACUAGCCUGGAGAUCCUGACCCUGACCCGCACAGGCAUCCGGCUGCUCCCACCGGGAAUGUGCCAACAGCUGCCCAGGCUCCGAAUCCUGGAGCUGUCUCAUAAUCAGAUUGAAGAGCUGCCCAGCCUGCACAGGUGUCAGAAGUUGGAGGAAAUUGGCCUCCAACACAACCGGAUCUGGAAAAUUGGUGCCGACACCUUCAGCCAGCUGAGCUCCUUACAAGCUCUAGACCUGAGUUGGAACGCCAUCCGGGCCAUCCACCCUGAGGCCUUCUCAACCCUGCACUCCUUGGUUAAGCUGGACCUGACCGACAACCAGCUGACCACACUGCCCCUGGCCGGGCUAGGAGGCCUGAUGCACCUGAAGCUCAAAGGGAACUUGGCUCUGUCUCAGGCCUUCUCCAAGGACAGUUUCCCAAAACUGAGGAUCCUGGAGGUUCCCUAUGCCUACCAGUGCUGUGCCUAUGGCAUCUGUGCCGGCUUCCUCAAGACCUCUGGGCAGUGGCAGGCUGAGGACUUUCGCUUGGAGGAAGAAGAGGCACCGAAGAGGCCCCUGGGUCUCCUUGCUGGACAAGCGGAGAACCACUAUGACCUAGACCUGGAUGAGCUCCAGCUGGAGAUGGAGGACUCCAAGCCACACCCUAGUGUCCAGUGCAGCCCUGUUCCAGGCCCCUUCAAGCCCUGCGAGCAUCUCUUCGAGAGCUGGGGCAUCCGCCUUGCGGUGUGGGCCAUCGUGCUGCUCUCGGUGCUCUGUAACGGGCUGGUGCUGCUGACAGUCUUUGCCGGCGGGCCCAGCCCGCUGUCCCCGGUCAAGCUUGUGGUAGGUGCCAUCGCAGGCGCCAACGCCUUGACGGGCAUUUCCUGCGGUCUCCUGGCCUCGGUGGACGCCUUGACCUUCGGCCAGUUCGCUGAGUACGGAGCCCGCUGGGAGACGGGGCUGGGCUGCCAGGCUACGGGCUUCCUGGCCGUCCUGGGGUCGGAGGCGUCGGUGCUGCUGCUCACACUGGCGGCCGUGCAGUGCAGCGUCUCGGUGACCUGCGUGCGGGUCUACGGGAAGGCGCCGGCGCCGGGCAGCGUCCGCGCAGGCGCACUGGGGUGCCUGGCGCUGGCCGGGCUGGCCGCCGCGCUGCCGCUGGCCUCGGUGGGCGAGUACGGCUCCUCCCCGCUCUGCCUGCCCUACGCCCCGCCCGAGGGCCGGCCGGCCGCCCUGGGCUUCGCCGUGGCCCUGGUGAUGAUGAACUCCCUCUGCUUCCUGAUCGUGGCGGGCGCCUACAUCAAGCUCUACUGUGACCUGCCGCGGGGCGACUUGGAGGCCGUGUGGGACUGUGCCAUGGUGCGGCACGUGGCCUGGCUCAUCUUCACGGACGGCCUCCUCUACUGCCCCGUGGCCUUCCUCAGCUUCGCCUCCAUGCUGGGCCUCUUCCCCGUCACCCCGGAGGCUGUCAAGUCUGUCCUCCUGGUGGUGCUGCCUCUGCCUGCCUGCCUCAACCCACUGCUCUACCUGCUCUUCAACCCUCACUUCCGGGAUGACCUUCGGAGGCUGUGGCCCAGCCCUCCGUCCAAGGGGCCCCUAGCCUAUGCUGCGGCCGCCGGGGAGCUGGAGAAGAGCUCCUGCGACUCCACCCAAGCCCUGGUGGCCUUCUCGGAUGUGGAUCUUAUCCUGGAAGCCUCUGAGGCUGGGCAGCCUCCUGGGCUGGAGACCUACGGCUUCCCCUCAGUGACCCUCAUCUCCCGCCAGCAGCCAGGGGCCACCAGGCUGGAGGGAAACCGUUUUGUAGAGCCCGAUGGAACCCAGUUUGGGAACCCGCAACCUCCCAUGAACGGAGAACUGCUUCUGAGGGCAGAGGGAAGCACGUUGGCAGGCCGUGGCUCUGCAGCGAGUGGCAUCUUCUGGCCCUCUGGCUCCCUCUUUGCCUCUCACUUGUAAAUAUCCCGUCCUGUUUGUCCUCUCCCCUCUCAAUGAUGGCUGCUUAUAUAUAAAAGAGAAUACAACUAAAACUCCAUGGCAGGACGGCCGACCGCCCCUGGCUCCAUUGUUCUCUCUCCAUGGCCGUAACCAAUGCGUGCUUCCAGGUCUUGGUGUGACCUGGCCUUCUUCAGCUUCGCUACCAUCCUGGGUCUUCCCUGUCAAAUCCAAAUAUGUAGAAGAGACCGGGAAAUUUGCUUAGGAGAAAGGAGGAAAGUGAAAGACAGUGAAGGCAGUGGGGAGCGAACAGGGCCAUGAUCAGUGAGCAGGGAGACGGCACAGAGACAGGCAUGGACGAGAACUACCAAAGUCGCUGGCGUGUCUCCCCUAUGACUUGUGGAUAGGAUAUAAAAUGUGUUCUGUGUUCCAUUAAUCUUGACCUCUGCCAUGCGAAAGUGCUUCCUCUUAAAAUAUGCUUUGGAAGGCAUUGCAUAUUAUGUCCUUUUCUUAGAGUCAUGGGGUCAAGUUAGUGACUGAGAAUUAGGACCUUUUAAUUUACUGCAGCAGUUAAACUUAUUUAAUGAUAGGUUUCUGUUUGCCCCUUGUGGAAUACUUAUAAAUAUCUCACAGAACUUAGCACGGUUUUCUCCCAGGGGACUCAUCUUCACACCAUGGAGUGCUAUCCAGAGGCAUCACAAGAUGCCACCCUCCUUGAAAGCCCCUAAGAAGCCAACCUCGGGUGAAGUGCCAGAGGUGACUGAUGAUUCCAUCAUCUAGGACAGACUUCAUGUUCUGCUGCCCACCCUAGUCUUCCUACCAGGCCAGAGACCUGUAGGAGCCUGCCUCAACCCCAUAAGCUGGGGCAGGGAGAAAGAGACCCUUGUGUGUGUUCCCACACCACACAACCCCAAGCACCAAUGAAAUUUAUGCCCUCAGCAAGACAGGAUUCUCAGGUUCUGGCAAAGUACAUGCUGGGAAGUCUGUAGUUCUAUGGGCUUCCCUAACUCGAUGGUACCUUUGUGUGGUUUUAUGUUGUUUGCCUCCUGUCACAGCCUGGACCUCUCUUCUCAGCCCAAUCCUGUUUCUGGGAGCGGUAGGCAGCCCAGGAGAAGGGAUGUUUGUGUUGUGGGUAUUUCAUUUUAGAGAGUAUUGUAGCUCUCUGGG